AUGUCCUAUUUUAGAAGGACCUCAGCCUCCUCAGAAGGACCUCAGCCUCCUCAGAAGGACCUCAGCCUCCUCAGAAGGACCUCAGCCUCCUCAGAAGGACCUCAGCCUCCUCAGAAGGACCUGAGCCUCCUCAGAAGGACCUCAGCCUCCUCAGAAGGACCUCAGCCUCAGAAGGACCUCAGCCUCCUCAGAAGGACCUCAGCCCCCUCAGAAGGACCUCAGCCUCCUCAGAAGGACCUCAGCCUCCUCAGAAGGACCUCAGCCUCCUCAGAAGGACCUCAGCCUCCUCAGAAGGACCUCAGCCUCCUCAGAAGGACCUCAGCCUCCUCAGAAGGACCUCAGCCUCCUCAGAAGGACCUCAACCUCCUCAGAAGGACCUCAGCCUCAGGACCUCAGCCUCCUCAGAAGGACCUCAGCCUCCUCAGAAGGACCUCAGCCUCCUCAGAAGGACCUCAGCCUCCUCAGAAGGAAGAGGCGACUUUGGCCCUUCUUGUGCAGGGCGUUUGUAUUAUGGACCAAGAACCUACAGAGAACCUGACAGAAGACCUACAGAGAACCUACUCUGAACCUACUGAGAACCUGACAGAGAACCUGACUGAGAACCUGACAGAGAACCUGACAGAGAACCUGACAGAGAACCUGACAGAGAACCUGACAGAGAACCUACAGAGAACCUACAGAGAACCUGACAGAAGACCUACAGAGAACCUACUCUGA